GGGAAAGCAAGGUCUGGGAGAGACCAUGAGGCCAAUGGAGGAAACCAGCCCUGGAACUGCAGCCCCUGCAGAGAAGAGGGGAUUCUGCCCCUGGAUGAGCCCCUGGGUCAUUGCUGUGAUCUCCAUCCUGAAUCUCAGUGCCUGUUUCAUCUCCAGCAUCCUCGUUACCUGGCGUUGGGACACUAGGACACGGCACAAAGAGCAAGAGAAACUGUCUUGGCUGCACCGGUAUCUGAAGGAAAAAACUUGUGUUUCAGAGGGUGAGGCAGGGAAAGAGGAAGUCUGGACGUGCUGCCCCGGGGGCUGGGAGCUCUUUCAGGCCAGCUGCUACUACUUCUCUAAAGACUUUAUGACCUGGGAUGACAGUGAGAGGAACUGCACAGGGAUGGGCUCCCACCUGGUGGUAAUCAACACAGGAGCUGAGCAGGAUUUCAUCUUCACUCGGGUAAAUGGAACAGUUACAGGCAGCGAAGGAAGGGAUUACUGUAUUGGUCUGACUGAUAAGGAGAAGAAAGGCCAGUGGCGCUGGGUGGAUGACACUCCAUAUAACAAUACUGCAGCGUUCUGGAGGCCUGGGGAACCCAAUAAUGAGCCCAGUGAGUACUGUGCUGUCAUGCAUGUGGAGGGAAAACAAACCAAACAUGGAAACAGGAAUUGGAAUGACAUCGCAUGUUUCAAAGUAUAUAAUCGAAUUUGUGAAACUGCAGCACUUAUAUUUUGAAGAAACCCUGUCCUGGAUAUGAAGCUGGAGAGUCAGCACAUCUCUUGCUUGGGUCAGCUCACAGAGACAUCUGGCAGGAGGGAUCGGAUCAGCCCUGGGCUAUCAUGAUAUUGGGUGUAGGCAGUGGAGGAUGAUGCUGGGGCCCAAACUCACUCACUAGAUCAAUUUUGGAAAAAUCUGAAAACUGCUGAAAAUAUCUAAUGUGGAACAAGCCAAAGUGCAGUGAGCUCUGCCUGUGAUGUCAUUGAAGCUCCCAGGAGACUGGUAGAGGAGGCAGGCUGGGAAAGGCAGGAUCUGUGGGUUUGCCCUGGGAAAUGUUGAAGGGAGGUUUCCUGUUCAUAUUAACCCUGCUAGUCCUGCUCCAGGUAACAACUUACCAGGAAUAAGGUCCUAUCCAUGCUGCAAAAAUAACUAGGUCUGAUCUUCUUUCCUCUUGACUAUGCUACAACUCAGCUUCCCCUUGAAACAGAAAUGGGGCUUUGUCCAUGUCCCUGUGCAAUGCUAAAACCCUUAAAUGGUCCAAUGCUUUAACAUCACUCAGGGACAAGGGGCUGUCUACACUCGAAUUGGACUGACAGAACUACAUAGGUUUACAAACAGUUUAGUUCCAUUGGUGCAACGCCCCUGUGCGGAGGCUUUUAUUGUGGUUUAGGACUGAUGCUUUAUACCCAGUCAGUGAGAAAUCACCUAACCUAAAUUACUGUAGGGCUCCUUUAUACAGAAACAAGAGUGUUCGCAGGGAGGGGCUUGCACCAAUUUAACCCAGUCAGCAUUGUAGCACAGAGGCAGGGCCUCCCUCAGAGAUUGACAGCAAGGAACAGCCAAACACCCCCAGUGGGUGGAACAAGAAAGGUCACACCCACCACACCAGAAGCAGAGGGGGGAGAUACAGGGACAGAAAGUGUAAAAGGCAGGCCUUGCAAUUCAGUUUGGUUGGAGCUGCUGAGGGAGACAGAUGUCCCCACCCUGCUGCUGUGUGAGGAGAAGAUAUCUGGUGUCCUGAGGACUCUUCUGAGCUGUUAGAUGCAGCCAACCCUGAGGAGCUGCUGGAAUUGCCACUAGCAGUGUAUUCUGGGGAGAUGGAGCUUGACACUGGGACUCAGGAACAUCUGGAGGGGUGGAAGUAACCUGGGAAUAGCUGACUCCAGUCGGGGAUUUUGCUGCCUGAACCAAGGUCAGUGUGCUGUGGCUGGAUCUCUGCUGACCCAGUAGUGGAACACUCUGCCACUGGGCCCUGGUGAAGUUGGGUGGGCCUGGGUCCCCCUGCCAUGCCACCAAAUGCCAAGAGACCUGUGUUUGUCUGCUGUCUGCCUGAGCCAGUAUAUCAGGCAAUAGACUGUCUGAUGCUCUGCCCCACUGCAUGGAUCAGAGAAACCCUCCUGAGCCCCUUGACUGUUUGGUGCCCUGCCCUGCCUGAGCUCA